AUGGCGAAGCAAUUACCCGAAGAAAACAUUUCUGAACAGCACGAUGUGGUCAUCGUCGGUGGGGGCCCGGUUGGACUGUUUCUAGGACUCAAUCUGGCGCAAAAGGGCCUCGAUACCGUGGUUCUCGAGGCGGAGGCGGAUAUCAAUCAAAGCCCAAGGGCUCUCAUGUAUUUUCCAAUUGUCCUCAAUGAAUUCGAAAAGUUCGGUAUCCUAGACGAAGUGGUCAGAGCAGGCUACAAGAACCAAGAAGGUCUAUGUUUUCGGACGACAGCGAGCGGUUCCAACAAAGUCUUGGCCAGCAUUCCUCCGGGGAAAGCGUCGCAAGGCUCGAUCGACUAUGGGGUCCAGCUCGGCCAGCCAAGACUUGCCGAAAUACUCCGAAGACACGCCCAAAAAUACCCGUCAUUUUCCCUUCAAUACAACACGCGCUUCGUAGGGUUGGAAGAAGAACAUGACGCUGUCAGGCUUGAAACGUCCACACCGGACGGCAAGACAAAGUACUUUUCCGCCCGCUUCGUGGUUGGCUGCGACGGAGCCUCCUCUCCAGUCAGAAAAGCUCUCGGCAUCCCUUUCGAAGGAUACACCUGGCACGACUGGCGUUUCCUCGCUAUCAACCUCCGCUACGACUUCACCAAAUAUGGCUAUCCCGCUGCGAACCACGUGCUCGACCCAGAGGACUGGGCCGUGAUUGUGCGAGCAAGCAACGUAGAAGAGGGGCUCUGGCGAAUAGCCACAGGAAUAAGCCCGGACAUCCCAGUUGAAGAGAUAGAGAAGCAUAUACCGGCCAAGCUUGAGCGGCUUUUACCCGGUCCGCGGCCGCUGCAGUAUGAGUUGGUCGCCGUGAACCCAUACUGGGCACACGAGCGCGUCGCAAAGACAUACCGGUCUGGGCGAGUCAUACUGUGCGGUGAUGCUGCUCAUGUCAACAACCCCCUCACAGCCCUUGGGCUAACAACCGGCCUCGUCGACGUAGCCGUUUUGUCCCGACUCCUUCCCCAGGCCUUCACCCCCCAACACGCCUCCUCCUGGCCCAGACUCCUAGAUAAAUACUCCACCCUUCGCCGCAACGACUUCGUCAACCAAGUGCAAAAGCUCUGUCUGGACGGAAAACUGCGUCUGCACUCCACCGAUCCGAAAGUCGUCGCCGCGCGGGAAGAUUUCUUCAACAUGCUGAACAAGAAUCCGGGGUUUGGCGAUUUUGUAGCGGGCACGAUGGUGGAGAAGCUGCCGGAUGAUUUGGAUCCUUCAUUGGCGUAA